CCCAAGACAUGCGUUUUUAACGGUAAGCCCGAUAAAUGUGCUCCUGAAUUAAGCAAAUAUAAAAUAAAAACGCUAAACAACAAACGCGAAUUUCCUUCUAACGACUCAGUGUCAAUAAAAAAACUAGUUUGGCAAAAGUGACACUGAGCUAAACAGCUAGGUGGCUAGAUCGCUUGUAACUUCUGGCAGCUCGGAUAUAGUUGUUUGUUUUGGAAAUUUUCCUGGAGUUGUUAUGGCUGGCAGCAGGAUGCAGCUGGAGCUAUCUCGGGUGGUUCAUGGGACAGCUCGGUUGGGUGUACUGAAGGGUCUCGGGAGCACGGGGCAGCACUCGCUGGAUGUUCCGUGCUGCUUGCUGUACACCCACUUUGGCACAGUCCCCCAUCUCACCCAGGACACGCUUCACACCAUCAGCUCCCUCCCUUUUGUCACCCAGGUCGCUCUGUCACAUGUAGCAGAGCACCAAGAUGUGCUGGAAGAGUUUAAAGAUGGACUGAAGAAGUUUGCAGGGCUUCGUGAUACAGCGUUGUUCUGCUCGCUUCACGACCCCGCAGCUCCGUGCCCGACGGGCUACACCACUAAUAAGACGGUGUCUGUGUGGGGCAGCGGUGGGCGGAUCGAAAUGUCGGUGGCCAAGUUCAUGGCUCUCCAAAAGGUGGUGCAACCAGACUGGUAUCAAAGCAUGGCGGACAGAGAAACAUGGCAGAUCAAUGCGUCUCGCAAAAGGGUCCGAAAAUCUGUGGAUCGAACCCUGGCUCACCUGGACGAGUGUCUGCUGCUGCACCAGAAGUCACAGGAAUUAGACAGAGUCAGCAUGUUCGGUGUGGUGGAGGGAGGAGACAUCCUGGAGGAGAGGGUGCGCUCAGCUAGGGAGACAGCCAAAAGGCCCGUGGCAGGAUUCUGCUUGGACGGCUUCCAGAGUGGUGCUAUGGAUCCGACCCUGAGGAUCCAGCUCAUCAGUGCCGUGACCAAGGAGCUGCCCGAGGACAAACCCAGGUUGCUGCAGGGCGUGGGACGACCCGAUGAGGUGCUGGAGUGCGUGGAGGCCGGCGUGGAUCUGUUUGAGGGUUUUUUCCCGUUCCAGGCCACAGAACGAGGCUGCGCUCUCUGUUUCAGCUUCAACGUCUCCCCGGACCCAGAGCGCGCAGGCGGAACGCAGACAGAUCUGGAUGAAGAGCAGCACACCGCGGGGGAGACGCAGCCGAAUGGAGAUCUUAAUUGUGAUGAUCAAACACAAAUGACAUGCUUUGAAAUGAAUCUCAGAGACAAAAGGUAUCAGGAUGACUUCAGGCCCUUGGUGGAGGGGUGUGGCUGCUACUGCUGUAAGAACCACCAGAGGGCGUAUGUGCACCACCUGCUAGUGACCAAUGAGCUGCUGGCUGGAGUGCUGCUCAUGAUUCACAACACAAGCCACUAUCAGAGCUUCUUUCACUCACUGAGAGAAGCUCUAGCCGGUGACAAACUGGACCUCCUGAAGAAGCGAGUGCUUGGAGGCAGCUGCCAGCUGGCAGAUGGGAUUAACGUGGAUAACUCCAAAAGGAAUGACAGGGAUUGAUCUGCAGGCACACAGCCAGAGGAAAUCAUGGGCUCUGGUAAUUCCACAAACAGGUAGAACUGUAACAGGGCAGAAACCUUCAGAAUGACUCACUUCAUACGUUCGUUAAAGACGCGCUCUGGUGGGAAAAUAAGGAAUAAAGGUGUUGAGUGUUUUUUUAAGGAUUUGUCCAAACCAGAUGCUACCUUGGUAUCACAUUUAGAAAAAAGAGACUAUUUGCCCACGUAGCCCUGGGGUAAUUAAAGCAUACGAUGAAACAUUAGUAGAAUGGUUCAGCAUCCUGCUGGGUGGUUCUCCCUGCAGCCUCACUCUGACUUUAUGUUGAGUUCAAACAAUUUCAUUUAUACUCUAUCUUGUUUUUCAAUAGACUUUCAUCAACUCCCUUUUAGCAUUUGUUCUAGUAAUUCAGAGGUUCAUAACAGGGUUAGUAAACUUGCAAAGGAGCCAGAUCGUGUUAAUUGAAAUCUUUGAGCGCAAAGGCACAAUAUAUGAUAAAAUGUUAAUGUCAGCACUAUCGAGAUGUAAACAUUAGUUAAUUUUGUCAGCUUGAAUUAAUACCCAGAAAUCAAAUGGUCUGUUUCAUUGAAGCUCCGCCCACGCCGUGCCUACAAAACGCAUCAACAGCAUCUUAGAUGAGUCUGCUGUUGUAGUCCAGUGGUCAAUCGACUGCCUUUCAUCUUGUUUUGCCAUGAGCCGACGCCGGUUUGACUCCUGGUGUCGGCAAUCAUUUAUUUAGCCAGCUGAUGCAGAUUUAUUUUUUUUUAUAUUUUUUUGUUUUAUUGAUUAUUUUCUGCAAAAAUAUUUGUGUGUCUAAAGAUCUUUGAAUUUGGCAUUUUAGUUGAUUUACUCAGCUCACCUCACAUGGACUCACAUUGAUUAAUAAACAACAACAACAAAAAAGACUAGUCCUUAUGUUUCAAACAGUUUAAAGGGUUAGCCAACUGUUGUAAAACAGCAUACCAGUCAGUAACUAACCACUGAACCACCAAGUCUGUUAUAAAACAAUGAUAAAUGAUUAAUGACUCACACUUGUAUAGUGCCUUUCUGAGUCAGAGGACUCCAAAGCACUUUACACUACACAGUGAAUCAUUAUUCCAACCUGCUCUACCUCCUGAGAUACUGCUGCCCCUGACAAUAGUCACCUAACACACGUAUCCUGUGCUGGUCAUAAUGUGCAUCUUUGUGGACAGGACGCAUAGUUUUUAUUGCAAUGCAAUCUUUGACAUGAAGAGUGACAUUCUCAAUUGUGGCAGGAAAUCUCCUGCAACUCUAAGGCCUAGUCCACACGUAGCCAGUUUUUUAAAAAAAAAAAACGAAUAUCUGCCCCUCCAAAAACUUGCAUCCACACCACCUCGUUAAAAAAAAAAACUCUGUCCACACGUACCCGGAUAAAUACGUUGUUAAGGACAUGCCAGACCUGUAGGCGGCAGUACUUCCCCCGUUCUUAACCUCGUCCUUCGUCUGUGGUCUUCCACAAGGAGCCGUAAUUCCGCUUGCAACAACAAACAAGCAAAAAGCGCUUGGACAAUUGAUAAAGCCAGCGCAGCUCUGAGGGCAUCCAUGCUGUCGGCUAGUGUAAACGCAGGUCGCACACGUGAUGUCAGCAUUUUUUUCUCGCGGAAAGUGACGUUGCGAACCUUAAAACUCCGGUUUUGUCUGUCCACACCGGUUCACACGCAGACACCCAAAACGGAGAAAACGCAGAUCUUCACUUUGGCCGGAGUUUUUAAAAAGAUCCGUUUUCGUGUGAAAAAACUCCGUUUUCGUGUGGAUGACAGGCCAAAACGUAGAAAAAUAUCUACGUUUUGGCAGAUCCCCGGCUACGUGUGGACAGGGCCUCAGAGAGCGGGCGUGGGGAGGAGAAAUGCCUGAUGACACACCUGGGCGACUUUCUCCUGUAUCUGACGUUUAAUUAGAAAAAAAUUGAAGCUGAGGCAGGAAAAUGUAUGAAUGAAGCCAAAAAAGGGUUUAGGGGUAUUUCUCAUAAGGAAACAACAAUAUCACAUGGUAAAAAGCUCAAAAAAUUCUAUUUUUAUUAAAUGGAAAAAAAAAUGCAAUCUGUUAUUUUUUGGGCUUUAAAAUUUAGUGUUUUAAAAGAGUCCAAAUAAAUAAAGCUGGAUCCAACUUGUCUAUAAUGAUGAGUCACGACACCCGUAGGUGAACAGGCAGAUUCUAGGAAGCAUUGAGCAGGGGCCCCCUGAUCAUAGCUCCAGAUCCAUCAGGACGACUGGAGCAGAUGGCUACUUCAGCCUCAGUAGCUGGAUAAAGGAAUUUGUAGUAAAAAAAAGUGACUGAAUGAAAGAUGGGGGACCACUGACAAAGUCAGAGUCCUUUUCGUGGUCCGAAUGUUGUCAAGUCGAUGACAAAUGUGCAACAAACUCCGCAGCAUUCCACAGAAGCAGAACCAAUUAUGGAGAAAAGUUAGUAAAGAGGAAAAUCUCCUAAAGCGAUUAUUUCCUCCUAAACUUUAACAGUUCUUGCUUAAAAUUAGAUUUCCUGGGACUGUUCAGCAUCCCAUUUCACUGAUUAGUCUUAAUCAAACAUUAGAUUGUUCUUGGAGAACUUCAUGACUGUUUCCGCCGCUCAACAGCAGUCCUGAGCUGACAGCUUCACCCUUCAUGCUGCUGAGAAAAGGAUAAAGAUCCGAUACAGAUACGGAGCUCUGCUGCCUCCCGUACGGUGAUGGAGCGAGGCCCUUUUUGAAGGUGAGGGAAUAUAAUUGACUGCCAGACCGUGCAGAUGUCUGCGGGGGACAGGGGACAAACUUAGAGGGAGUGUGACAGAUUUACAAAACAGCAAAGAGAUUUUUUAGGCCAGAGCAGCGAAGCUUCGAAGGCCUAUUGUAUCUGCUCUGUUUAUUUAUUUAUUUAUUUUCCUCCGUGUCUUUAAAUGGCUUUUGGGGGGUCUUAUCGUAUCCAAAAACUCACCAAAUUCUGGCCCAAUAUAGAAAGUGUGUGAAAUGUACGUAUUUCAAUAGCGAUGCGAAGGUUGUUAAAAAAGUAGCUCGACGGCGCCCCCUUGAAAAUGAAAAAUACCCCUCCGCUUUGACCUUUUUUAUAGUAGAGUGAUGAAAUUUGGUACAUUUGUUGAACUCAACAAUAUGCACAGAAAAGUCUCUUGCACCCAUGGUCAACAUCAAAGAGGAAGUCGGCCAUUUUGGACUGAAGUAGCAAUUUUGACCUUGUUUUGGUCGUUUUUAGGGUCUGUAUUUGGUUGAACAGUUUGGUCAUAUUUCGCACGAUCGUCCAAAAAUAGUUUGCGAUCGAUCAGAAGGGAUGGACAGUUUAAAUGAGAAAAUAAAAACUUUUUACUUUUUGUAAAUACUGAAGGGGCGGGGCGGGGCCAGGCCUCGAAGUUCGAGCACUCGCCCAAAAAAUUCAAAUGGCUAUAAUUUUAUAAAUGAAAGAAUUACAGUUAAAAAAAAAUUUUUGUGGACAUUCCUUAUCAGCCCCCGAAGAAAAAUGAAUGGUCAAUUGAUGAUGUCACACAAGCCCCGCCCCCUCAGGACAAAAAAGGUCAAGUUUUACUGUGAAAUUUCCCAAAAUUCGGUAUUUCGUAUAGUCACCACAAACUUGUUGCAGAUAACUGAAAACAAGUUGGGGUUGCUGGGCCUCACUUUACAAGAGCUUUCAAAAGACAGCACGGCUGUGAUGGUGCGGCGAAGUCAGGCGUAAUGCCAUGGCCAUACGAUUGCCUCUCAUUUUGUCAAUUCUAAAGCUAUCGCCACAAAAUUUCUGAUGAGUGAUCCUAGUAUGAUCCACAAUAAUACUUGAAAUCAAAAGUUGGUAGGCGUGGCCAAUUUUUUGAAGUAGCGCACCCUAGCACCCUUAAAAGUGCCAGCCCCAAGCCAUGCUUUGACUGAGUAUUAUGAAAUUUUGUACACUUAUGUAGUGUCUCAGGACGUACAAAAAACUCUCUUGAAGCCAUGCUUAAUAUCCCACAGGAAGUCAGCAAUUUUUGUCCAAGUAUGCCAUUUUGUGUUUUUUGCAUACUUCAAAGGUAUGUCAAUCCCCAAGCGCCCUUUGCCCCCAUCGCCUUCAUACUUCUGCUGAAAACUCUUAAGACCAAGCGGGAAAAACUGAACCUACGGAUUUUCUAAAAGUCUAACGAUGGGGGCGUGGCUAGGCCUCAAACUUUGACCUGUCACCACACCAUGCUUUACUGUCAUUGCUCCCAAAUUGACUCUUUUUAACCUAAUCAACAUGAAUCUCUGGCAAAUAGCAGUAGACAUGUUGGGGUCACUUGGUGUGCAGUACUGGCAGGUUUCAAAAAAGGGCAAGGCUUUGGCGGCAUGGCGAAUUUUGACAUCACGCCAUGGAAUUACGCUUGCCUCUCAUUUCCUCAAUUCUGAUGCUAUCGGUCCAACAAUUGAGGUUGUUUGAUACAAAUCCAAACCUCAAUAAAUAUUACCCUGAAAAUCUGGUGGGCGUGGCUGAGUUUCUUCACUAGCACCCCCUAGGUCCAAUAAAAAUGUCAGCCCCAAUCAUGCUUUGACUGAGGAUUGUGAAACUUUGGAAAACUCAUGUAAUGUCUUAGGACCUACAAAAAACUCUCUUGGAGCCAUGCUCCAUAUCCCACAGGAAGUUGGCCAUUUUGGUCCAAGUACACCAUUUUGUGUUUUUUGCACACUUCAAAGGUACGCCAAUCCCCAAGCGCCCUUUGCCCCCAUCGCCUUCAUACUUCUGCUUAAAACUCUUAAGACCAAGCAGGAAAAACUGAACCUAAACUCUUAACGGUGUGGGCGUGGCUAAGCCUCAAACAUUGACCUGUCACCACACCAUGCUUAUACUUUCAGAGCUCCCUAUUGGACUCCUUUCAUCUAUUCAACAGCAACAUCUGCCAAAUAACAGUACAAAAGUUGGGGUCACUUGGUGUCUAGUAUUGGCAGGUUUCAAAAAAAGGGCAGGGCCCUGGGAGCAUGGCAAAAUUCGUCAUCACGCCAUGGAAAUACGUUUGCUUCUCAUUUCCUCAAUUCUCACGAUAUCACCAAAAGAUUUCUGGUGAGUGAUCCUAGUCUGACCCCCAAUAUAAAUAGAUGUCAUAAGCUGGUGGGCAUGGCCUUUUUUCUGAAAUAGCGCCCCCACCACCAUUAAAACGCUCAGCCCCAAGUUAAGCUUUGACUGAGGAUUGUGAAAUUUUGCACACUUAUGUAGUGUGCCUGGGCCUACAAUGAAGUCUCAUGGACCCAUUCUCCAUAUCCCACAGGAAGUCAGCCAUUUUGUUCCUAUUACGUUACAGAGGUUCUUUCGAAGCUGGAAUAUUUUGCUAAUGUAAAACAUUUUUAGGGGACUGCUGGCAGGCUAGGAGGAAAGGUUGAGUCAGAUUGAGGUGACAGCUGACAGUGAUCGCAGUUAAAUGCACGCUGGGGUGUCUGACGCACAUGGGUGCUCGUGCGCCAAAGGUUGCAGGGCGAUGCGUUGGGAGAACGUCGGGGAUGGAGUGGAGGGGGUGUGGACGGAGGGCAAGCAGCUUCGCUGCGAGGGCCGAACGACGCUGCUUGCAGCUUUAAUUUUUUUUCUUUCUUAAACUGAGUCCUUUAACUGCAUUAAAAAAGAAGCAGGUGGAAAGCUUUACUGUCGUCAGUAGGUGGGUGCUGAACAUAAACACUUAUGGAAUAAAAGGGGUUGGGAAAUAAAGCUUUUGGGUGAAAUCUAAAACAAGCGGUGACCUCUAGAUGUGUUUAUUUUAAGGUCUUGUGGGAUUUCAGCUGACAGAAAGUAUUGCGGAGAAGGUUAUAAAGGCAAUCUGCCAGAUUAGCUGGUAAAAAUAGAAGUGAUUGGAUCUUGUCCUCCUUUCCCUGGAAAAUUGCAGGGGGAUAUUUUACUCUUGAAGCCUCUCCAGAUGAGGUUUUCAGCAGAAAAAAUGAUCAGAACAAAAACUCGCUCAGCUAUAAAAGCAGCUCUUUAGAAAACAUUUGGAUGUUUUAACAGAUUUCCUUGUAAUGAGACUGAACUCCUGCUGUUUGCACACAUUGCAUUUAUCAAACCUGCAGCUUUAGAGUAAAAUAAAGCCCAAGUGAUAAAUGUUGCACCUAACAAACAGAGUGUGAAGCAUGAAGAAACAAAUAAUUAAAAAAGUAAUCAUAAGAUUAAUAGGUUUUGGGGGAAAAAGGUGCUUGCAUGUUUAAUCUUUCUUCCUGAUUAUGUACAGAAAUGUGCAAGAUAGUCAGAUUACAUAUAGAGAAGACAUCUUUUAGGCGGCUAAGUGUGGUUCAACAUCAGGAUUUACUAUAGAAAAGUUACAAGAUUUAGCGAUUUUUAAAUGUGUUCCUGUGUAAAAGUUACAAAUAAUUCUCAAAAAUACCAUCCAUGGCUUCUGGAACAGCCUUGGUUUAGAGAAAAAGUGUUUAUAUCUUAAAUGACUGGUGAGCUAACAGCUAUUUCAAGCAAAGUGUUUUUCUGCCAUCUUGAAACAAUUCCAUCUCCAAUAAAGUUUGUGAACGGUGGUUUCAACAUUAU